AUGGCUUUCAACACAACCCUCCAAUCCAUCCGGUCCCUCCUCCGAACCCCCCUCUCCAAACGCUCCAAGCCUCACUCAGCGAACCAGGCCGUCAUCCUAUCCGCCGCCGACGCCUCCGACACAUCCGUAACCGUUGUCCCCAUGCCCGUGGCUGCCCCGACCGGCCCUGCGGAAUCGGGCAAGGAAGUCGUAGUCACCACCACGGCCACCUCCAUCUCGUCGUCCAACACCCCCACCGUCGCCGUCGAGGAUGACCUCAGCGCCGUCGCGCUGCCCAAGGGUGCCAUGGUGAAUGGCGAGGAGGAAGGCGAGGCUCUUCAUGACUUGCCGAGGGUGUGCGCCGCCUUGGAUGAGAAGGUUACGAGGUUUUUGGAGGACGAUACCGAGGAUGAGGUGUUGCGGAAUGUGAAGGAGAGGGUUCGCCAGUCGAUGGAUGUCAUUGCUGAGGCUCUGCGACGGUAUAAACCCGCAGAACUCGCCAUGUCCUACAACGGCGGCAAAGACUGCCUCGUCCUCCUCAUCCUCCUCCUCGCCGGCCUCCACCGCCACUCGCAAACCACCAACCCGCCCACGCCUCCCCCCGAGACCCUCCAAUCCAUCUACAUCAUCCCGCCCCACCCCUUCCCCGAAGUCGACGCCUUCGUCGCCCGCUCCUCCAAGACCUACUCCCUCAACCUCACCCGCUCCACCCUCCCCAUGCGCGCCGCCCUCUCCGCCUACCUCGCCGCGAACCCCCGCCUCCGCGCCGUCUUCGUCGGCACCCGCCGCACCGACCCCCACGGCGCUUCCCUCUCCUCGUUCGACGAGACCGACGGCAAUUGGCCCCGGUUCAUGCGCGUGCAUCCCGUGCUGGAUUGGCACUAUGCUGAGAUUUGGGCGUUCGUACGCGCGCUGGAUAUCGAGUACUGCAAGCUGUAUGAUUUGGGGUAUACGAGUCUUGGAGGGACGACGGAUACGCUGCCGAAUCCGUCGUUGAAGGCGAAUGGCGGGUUUAGGCCUGCAUAUGAGCUUAUGAGUGAUUACGAGGAGAGGCUUGGGAGGGAGUGA